GGGGCGGGGCUUGUCUGGAGGGGUGGGGCCUCCAGGAGUUCCGGAGUCAGAGUCACAGCUUCGGUCGGGUCUGGAACCAGAGUGAAGAUGCAGCCGCCGCCGCGAAAAGUGAAGCCGGUCCAGGAGGUGAAGCUGUGCUUUCUGGAGCAGCUGAGCAUCUUACAGAGUCGGCAGCAGAGAGAGGCCGACCUACUGGAGGACAUCAGAUCUUACAGUAAACAACGGGCAGCCAUUGAGAGGGACUAUGGACAGGCAUUACAAAAAUUGGCUGGGCCAUUCCUGAAGAAAGAAGGACAUCGGGGCUUGGAGACUGAUAGCAGGACUGUGUUUAAUGCCUGGCGAUGCCUGCUGGAGGGCACCAUGGCGGGGGGCCAGGCCCGAGUUCUUGCCGCUGACCGAUACCGAGACUUGGCUGGGGGCACAGGGAGAAAUGCCAAGGAGCAGCUGCUUAGGAAGGGUGCUGAGCAGUUGCAGCGGGCCCAGGCUGAAGUGCUGGAGUCUGUGAGGGAGCUGAGCCGGAGCCGGAAGCUGUAUGGGCAGCGGGAGAGAGUGUGGAGCCUUGUUCAGGAAAAGGCAGCUGAUGUCCAGGCCAGGCUGAAUCGAAGUGACCAUGGUUUGUUUCAUACUCGGACCAGCCUUCAGAAACUCAGCGUCAAGUUAUCAGCCCAAUCAGCCCAGUACUCCCAGCAAUUGAGUGCUGCCCGGAAUGAAUAUCUGCUUAGCUUGGCAAGCACCAAUGCCCACCUUGGGCAUUAUUACCAAGAGGAGCUGCCUGCGCUGCUCAAGGGCUUGGUUGGGGACCUGUCUGAGCAGCUGGGUGACCCCCUGGCCCUGUUGAGUCGCACAGAACUGGAAGCUGCCCAGCAGGAACUGGAACUGGCCCAGAGAGGGAGACAGGUGAUCACUCAGGUAAGCUGGGAACAAGAGUUGCUGCACUUUCUCCAAGAGCCUGGAGUGUUCUCCCCCACACCACUACAGCAAUUUCAGCCAAUGGGAUCUGACCAGGUGUGUGUGCUGGAGCUGGAAGGAGGCUCAGGGGGUAUUCCAGGAGAAAGUGGCCUGAAGAAGGAGGCUCAGCACUGGGCCAACAGAGCUGCCCGAGAUUACAAAGUCCAGAGUCAUGGGCAGCGGGUGCUGCAACGGUUAGAGCUGAAAAGGCAGCAGGCCCCGGAACGGGAGGCCUUAGGUGUGGAACUUCGACUUCAGGAAGUUAAAGAGAGUGUUCGUCGUGCUCAGGUCAGCCAGGUGAAGGGGGCUGCUCGACUGGCUGUGCUGCAAGGGGCUGGGUUGGAUAUAGAGCAGUGGCUUCGGCCAGCUAUGUCCCAGGCCCAGGAAGAGCUGGAGCAGGAGAGGCGGCUCAGUGAGGCCCGGCUAUCCCAGAAAGGAGACCUCUCUCCCAUGGCAGAGGAUGCAGAACUGUCAGAUUUUGAGGACUGUGAGGAGGGGGGGGAGCUGUUUCAAGAGCCAGCUCCCCCAACCCUCUCCGCUAGGUCCCUCCCUUGCCCGGCACAUGUUGUCUUUGGCUAUCAGGCCGGGCGGGAGGAUGAGUUGACCAUCACAGAAGGGGAGUGGCUGGAGGUCGUGGAGGAUGGGGACGCAGAUGAAUGGGUCAAGGCUCGGAAUCAGCAUGGUGUGGUGGGUUAUGUCCCAGAGCGAUACCUUGACUUCCCAGACCUUGCUGCUCCUCAGGAGGGACACCACAGUGACAACCCCCCAGGGGGAAAUUCCACAGUGUGCCUGGCCCGAGCCCUGUAUAGCUAUGCAGGCCAGAGCGCCGAAGAACUGAGCUUCCCAGAAGGAGCAUUGAUCCGGCUGCUGCCCCGUGCCCAGGGUGGUGUGGAUGAUGGCUUUUGGAGGGGAGAGUUUGGGGGCGAAGUUGGAGUUUUCCCUUCCCUGUUGGUCGAGGAGUUGUUGGGCCCUCCAGGACCCCUGGACUCCCCAGACCAAGAAGAGAUGCUGCCAUCCCCAUCCCCCCCAAACUUCUCUCCUCCAGCUCCCAUCCCUACUGCUGGUAGGACUGCAGGAGCUCUGUCUGAGGACCACCCACUGGAUUGCUUUGGCCCAGUUGAUUCAUCAACCCCUCGUCUCCGGCCGCUUCGCCCACCCCCACCCCCACCCACCAAAAUCCUGGAGCCUGAGAGAUUGGAGCCCCUCACCUGAGCCCAAUGGGGAGUCCCAGCCUCCUCCUUAUCAAUGCCUCCCAACUGUUGAGUGGCUGCCACCAGAGAAAGUGUGAUGACCUCUCCCCAACCUCAUCUCCCCUCAUGGAAGCCAAGGCUGGGGCAGGGCCCUAGAACACCUAGGCAGUAUAGAUGGGUCAGGUUUCCUGUGUUUUGGAUUGCCGUCCUGAGGCUGUGGCCACUAAUGACUUGUCCCACCACCCACCUCCCUCUCCCCACCCCUGCCCCUGGUGGGUUGGGGGGGAGGGGUCAAAGUUGUGGGAACCAGUGUGCAGAUCCGCUGUAAUAGUCUGAGCUGAUUUAUUGACAGUGCAAUAAAGGGGCGAGGAGCCCAAGCCAG